UUUCCGUUCUCGCGAGAGUUGGACUGUAGCUAAUAGCAGGCUGUUAGCUUCUUUAACACGCUGUCGAUUCUUCUGUUAUCUAUAUUAUUGGAAUGACUGAGAUGGAAGGCCUUGAAGGCACCGGUGAGACAGAGAAACCCAGACAUCGGCCUUUCUUAAUCGGUGUUAGCGGGGGAACGGCCAGCGGGAAGUCAACGGUUUGUGCCAAGAUCAUGGAGCUGUUGGGUCAGCACAAAGUGGACCACCGCCAGAGAAAGGUGGCCAUCAUCAGCCAGGACUGCUUCUACAAUGUGCUGACUCCCGAUCAGAAAGCUAAAGCCCUUAAAGGACAGUACAACUUUGAUCACCCAGAGGCAUUCGAUAACGAGUUGAUGUACAAAACAUUGAAGGACAUCGCAGAGGGGAAGGCAGUGGAGGUGCCAACAUAUGACUUUGUCACCCAUUCCAGGUUGGAAGAAAGGAUCACCUUUUACCCAGCGGAUGUGGUCCUCUUUGAGGGGAUCCUUGUUUUCUACCCCCAGAAAAUACGUGAGAUGUUCCACAUGAAGCUCUUUGUGGACACAGAUUCAGAUGUCAGGUUGUCCCGAAGAGUCCUGAGAGACAUGAACAGAGGGAGGGACCUGGAGCAAAUCCUAAACCAGUAUACAACAUUUGUAAAGCCUGCUUUUGAAGAGUUUUGCCUGCCUACUAAAAAGUAUGCAGAUGUCAUCAUUCCAAGAGGAGUAGACAAUAUGGUGGCCAUCAACCUCAUCGUUCAGCACAUUCAAGAUAUUCUAAACGGAGACAUUUGCAAGUGGCAGCGUGGGAAUAUCAACGGACGGGGCUACAAAAGGGUGACUUCGGAGCAGGGGGACCUGCAGAACGGAUCCACUAACCCUCCAAUUAAGAGGGUCCUGCUGGAGCCCAGCAGUCGGCCUCACUGAGACUGAAUGGAUUUAGAUGUGUGUUAUGAAGGAAUGGGAACAGAUAGACUGUGGAAGUGGGGUGAAAACUGCUGCUACUGUGCCAGAAUCUCACACACCCACUGAAUUAUUUGGUAAUAUAUAUUAGUGGUUUAAUGUAACAGGUUUUGACAUCUGGAACCCCGAUUUAUUCGUUGUUAACAGGGUUUCUACACUGUCUGGGAUUUCCUGGGAUGGUAUGGAAAAAGGAAAUAAUUUAACAUUUCCAGACCUUAAUCCCUAGAAUUAUAAAUGUGCUCUUCCUCCUUCAUUCAUUCCAUUCGCUCUACCUUCUACCAUCUUCAUAAAUCCUUGCAUCUUUCCUAAAUCCUUUCCUUCUAUCAACACAGUAAUUAUUUUUUCCAGUUUCCAAAACAAAAAUCUGCACACUUUAGAAACAACCAUAAUUGUAUUGUAAAUUUUAGUAUUUUAUAAUUCAAAUGAGCAUAAUGGUCUAAAGUCAUGUCUAGAAUGCUGGGUCUGAAAUCUUUAUGUAUAAGAUGUGUAGAAACCCUGUUUAUAGUAAUCAGUAUUCUCUUGAGGCGUCAUUGUUUUAAUUUUUAAAAUGGGUAAAUAAGUGGUUAUUAAACCAGGUCUUAUGAGUGAUAGAAAAUGCUGUUGCACUUUUAAAUGUGGUUUGAUGGUAGACUAACAUCUUCCUCACUACUUUAAGAAGUAUUAGUGCAUUUAAAGUAAAAUGGUACAAA